CGACCAAUUCGUUGAAAAUCGAAAAUAUUGCGACGUUUCCAUUAGCUUAGAAAAAAAUGUCUAGCUCGUACGUUAUCGAGCCACCGGAGGGUGGAUCAGAGAAGAAGGACGAUACGUUAAUUAUCAUUGUCAAUGACGAUGGUACGAUAUCCGUUGACCAAGAAACUUUGCAAAGCUUAAUCCUGAAUCAAUCCAAUGCGAAUGUUAGCGUUGUUAGAGUAGGCCAGGCGGAGACAGACACAGAAAAUGGAGACAUCACUUUAACCGUAGAUCCUCCGUCUUUUACAUCUGCAGCGGUAAAUUCUACAGGCACUUCCACAGAUGCGAGUAGUUUGGUCGAUCCCUUCAUGGAGAUGGAUCCGGAACAGUUGGAACGGUUGGAAACAGCUUUACAAAGCGAAGAGGCGAAACAGAUUCUUGGAGAAAACGUUACAGCAAUGCUUGAUAUGUUAACGGUAGAAGAGCAACAAAACUCCAUAAGGUAUAGCGUUAAAUUGGAUCAUUGCUACACAAGUAGGUUAUCACCUUCUGAUCCUAAGCCAAGGGAUCCAUUACCUGUUAUCGAUUCACCCACUUCCGACGAUGGUUUACAAUAUGCGCGACAACUGUCGCCUGCUCCUGGUACAUCUAAAACGUCAUCGCCUAUCGGUGCUGAUACCGAGAAUACAAUCGUAAUAAAACCGAAAGUUGUUGGAAAAACUGGCAAACCGGUAGGCCGACCGCGAAAAAAUCCUCUACCAGCCUCUGUUUCCGUGUAUAACAAUUCAAAGUCAUCCGUCGGUAUAACCAGUACACCUAAAUCUGUCACACACACUGUACCGAGAAACUUAACAGGUCUAAUGCAGCAACAACAACAACAACAGCAGCAGCAGCAGCAGCAGCAGGGUAUUGGAAAACAUCAAGCAAGAUCUAAUGACGAGGAUGAAGAUGAGAUAACAUCAUCAUCCACGGAAUCGUCCGAUUCAGAUCCACCAUCUGACAAUGACUCUGACUUUGGUCCGCGAGGUCCUAAAAGAGGCGGUAUGAGAGCUAGAGGUGGUAGGAAAGGUCUUACAACCAGAGGAGGAAGUAUGACAGCCACUCGUAGGAGAGGUUCCAAUAAACAAAUGGAUAUGGAGCAAGUUCGUCGAUUAGACAUGGAAAUGGCUGCUGCCGUGAAUGCUAUGAAGAGUCCAGAAAAAGACGAGAAAUUAGGAGGAUUUGGUCUCGUUAAAGGUAAGAGACAAUUUAAAACUGCCGUUGGACGGAAGAAAGAGGAAUCGCAACGUAUCGAAUCGUCUUCAGCGAUGAGCGAAGAUGUUCCGGUCAAUUUUGACAAACCGUUGCAAACGACGAAUCAAGUUAAAGCAAAUUUGAUCAAUGCUAAUAUGAUUAAGGGCGAUAUGAUUCUUACAAAGCCUGGACAAGGAAGAAGUAAUCAGAAAGUAACGUUUGUACAAAAACAAGUGCUCAUGAAGCCAAAUGACCUAAAAAAUAUCGACAUAAAGAAGCAAGUGGUUCUUCCCAAAGGGAAAUUUCUGGGUCAAACUGGGGCCAAAUUCUUUGCUACGAAAGAUGGUAAACUGCUUCAAAUACCUGUAACUACCAAAACAAUAACAUCGAACGUAUCAGUUGCACAAAUGAAGGGAGCAAUACCACAAGUGUCUCCGACGCAACAGUCUGUUGCUGUGAUACAAAAUCAAACGUCAACUGUGCAACAGCCACAACAACAACAGCAGCCGCAGCAACCGGUGAAAGUGACUUCGCCUGCUGCUGCUAUAUUGAAAAUAAAAUCUUGCGAUUCGAAGAAAGAGAAAAGAAAAUCGGACGGUUUAGUAGAUGCUGUUACAAAAACGGAAAUCGAUUCGGGGAAAGCAACGGAUAACAAAGUUUUCGAUGGCACAAAAAAACAUCUGAAGAAAGAGAAUCGUAAAUCGCCAGCGUACAUGGUAGAUAGCUUAGGACCUGCUCUUUUCUCGACUCCGGACAUUAUACGGCGCGUCGGUUCAAAUGGCGAAUCGAAAAUUCAAGAAAACGUGGUGACAUCGUUGAUUUCUACGACACCAUCGACAGUUGCAAGUGGAAAUGCUCUUACACAACAAGCGACACAUUCGUCAUCGUCAUCGUCUUCGUCGUCGUCGUCCUCCUCGUCCUCCUCCUCCUCCUCCUCCUCCUCCUCCUCCUCCUCGUCCUCGUCGUCGGAAACCCAUAUCGUGGUGGAUAAGCGGGAAACUGGCGUUGCUUUGGUACAAAAUCAAGAAGUAGAAUCUAAACCAGGUAUAAAAACGAAUGCGACAGAAGAAAUACAGCCUACUUUGGAUUCUGGUAAGCGUGGUAUUAUAGAAGGUGAGGAGCAUUUGCUAGCUACAUUGGAAAUGGAAGCUAGUAAGCACGAAGAAGAGUUACUCGCAGAAGCAUUGCUGCUACAAGAAGAACUUGGUGUCGACUUGGCCGAACAUGCUGCGUUGGUCGAACAAGGAGGAAGUGCAACACCCGAGUCAUUAACCUCGAAUAAUAUACUUAUCCCACCUUUGAUCACGUCCGAGCCAGAAGGAACCAAACCGUUGGGUGAUGCUCCUACGGCAAUAAUCGUAACAGCAACUAUGUCAAGCACAACAACAGUCGUGACAGCAAGCAAUGCGAGCACAAAUGUAUCUAGAGAAUCGGGAAGGAAAGUUGGGAAGGAGGAUAAGGAACCUAUUCAGAUAAUUCGCGGUGGACGGGUAAUCACAUUACCUCCUAUCGAGGCACCGGCAACUCGGAGCAAAAGAUUACAAGCGAAAACUGAAGCUGUUCAAAAAACUUUUGAACUUGUGAAACGAACGGAAAAGCUUAAUUACAGCGUACAACAACAAAGGCCGUCGCAAUCUGUCAAGCACGAAAUUCGCCCGAAUAUUGAGGAGGAGGAGGAGGAGGAGGAAGAAGAAGAAGAAGAAGAAGAAGAAGAAGAAGAAGAAGAAGAAGAAGAAGAAGAAGAAGAAGAAGAAGAAGAAGAAGAAGAAGAAGAAGAAGAAGAAGAAGAAGAAGAAGAAGAAGAAGAAGAAGAAGAAGAAGAAGAUAAUUCAGAUUCAGAAGAUGAUCCUGAUAGACUUUGGUGUAUAUGCAAGCGACCGCAUAACAAUCGCUUUAUGAUUUGUUGCGACGUAUGCGAAGAUUGGUUUCAUGGGAAAUGCGUACACGUGAGCAAAGCCAUGGGACAACAAAUGGAGGAAAAGGGAAUAGAAUGGGUAUGCCCGAAUUGCUCGAAGAAAAAAGACGAAGAAGCAAAAGCUAAAAUGAAUAUACAAAACGUUUCUGGGAAGCAACAACGGAUCCAAUCUAACGCAGUAUCCGAUAACUCGAAAAACCUUGCUACUCUUCAUCAAACAUCAUUUGGUAGAGAGACGUCGUCUUCGAUUCAUUCCGCUUGCGAUUACGACAGUGUUCAAUAUUCCAGUGGUAUGCAAUGUGUCGUUUGUAAAAAAGAAGCAAGAAACUCGAGCAUUUAUUGCUCCGACGCGUGUAUACUCGCACAUGCCCAAGAAACGUUGACCAAAGACAAACCAGUAGCAGCAACAGGACCAACGAUUAGUCCGAAGGGAACAAGGGCGUCACCGUUUGAUCCUGCCGCAAAGCCAAAAAUUGACGCUAGAGUUAUCGUGUUUGAGAGAAAAUCUGGAAGAGUAUUAACUGGUUCUGAUGCACCGACAAGAUCAAAUUUGCGCGCAUGGUUAAAGGAGCAUCCCACGUUUGAAGUUGUUGGAACAAAUAAUCUUGGUACAGUGCAAAUAGGGAAAACAAUAUCGACAAUACAAACACAAAUACCUGGUAAAAUGGGAAAGUCUACGUUACUAUCACCCGUAAAAGGGCAAAAUCUUCCGAAGAUGACGUAUACAAAAGUACCAGGUUCUAAGCAAAUGAUUUUAACGGCGGGAAAUAAAAAGAUCACGGUAAUCUCCGGUGGACAACAGCAACAACAACUGCAACAACUACAGCAGCAGCAGCAGCAGCAACCGCAACAGCAACCACAACAACAACAGAUUCAAGCGUCAAGCACAAAAACAAUACAAAUGAAGCAAAUGUUACUGCCUCAGACGAACAAGAGUCCCCUUUUGUUGAAAACUGCAACUGCAAAAUCGGUUGGUCAGGCGCAAACGAAGCAACUGAGCGGCGUAGUGUCGCCAAAGCAAACGGCGGCAAACAUGAAGAAACAAGAAUUGAAACAGGCUAGCUUGCAAUCGAAGCAACAGCAGGUGAAACCUAGUCCACAGAAGAAACCUGAAACCGAACCGAUUCGAGUAAACAUACGAAAAACUUUGACAGAGUUACUGUCUAGCCGUAUAAAAGAAACGGAAGAUUUGAAGCUUACGAACGAGGAAAUAAUUGAUCUAGCUUACAACAUCGAGUUGGAAUUGUAUAAAUACUUCAAAGACACUGGGGCAAAAUACAAAGCGAAGUACAGAAGCUUGGUGUUCAACAUAAAGGACACGAAAAAUUUGACAUUGUUCCGAAAAAUUGCCGAUAGAUCGUUGACGCCGGACGCGGUUGUGAGGCUAAGUCCUGACGAGAUGGCUAGUCAAGAAUUGGCGGAAUGGCGUGAAAAGGAGACGAAGCAUCAGUUAGAAAUGAUCAAGAAGAACGAGUUAGAUUUAAUGGCUCAAGCGAAAUCCAUCGUAGUUAAAACGCACAAAGGCGAGCAAAUAAUCGAGAACGACGGUGGUAUCGAUCACGUUGACCCGAAAACUCCCGUGCAAGAUAUCGUGACUGCACUGAACAGUGCGGAUAGUAUAACGUCGACCGUGGACGAUACGGAAAAGGAGUUGGAGAGGAUGAACGAAGGGGAGGACAGGUCGCGAGUAAAGGAAGACGGUAAAAAGUCAAGGAGUUUGGACGAUAAGAGAAGAAAGGAUAAGGACAAGGACAGGGGCAGGGAGAAGGAGAAAGACAAGGAAAGGGACAAGGAGAAAGAAAGGGGAAGGGAGAAGAAAACAAGCGAUAGUAGGCGGGGUAGGAGUAUGAGUAGAAGUAGGCACAACAAGCACGGUAGAGAGGAUAGAGAACGCAGUAAGACUCGGGAGAAGAGCAGAGAGAGGAAGUCUCGUGAUAAAGAAGGUAAACGGGAGAGAGAGAAGGAUCGCGACAAGGAUAAAGAACGGGAUAGGGGUCGGGAGCGAGAACGGGAACGAGAACGGUCAAGAACUAGAACUCGGGAGAAAUCGAAGGUCCGCGAGAGGAGCAGCAGAGAGAAGACGACGAAACAGAAGGAGAGGGAGAGGGAGAGGGAACGAGAACGGCACAGAAGCAACGAGAACAGUUCGAGAAAUCGCGGCAGCGACAGUUUCCUUCACUACGAUCUGUCGAAGGAUGCAGAGAAAAGGGGCGAAGAGGAGGAUGACGAUGAGGAGGAGAAGAAGCGGGAGACGGAAAAGAAAGAGGAGUUUCAGUCGGGUUUGACGAUGGGAACAUCGGGAGAGAAGUCGAUCGAUGACCGUCUUUGGCGGCACGUCGAGGACGAGAUGACCAGCAACAACACGAUCGACGGAGGGAACGAUUCCGACGUGUCGGACAGAGAGCCAACGUCAACGGUUACUAUUAAAACGCCGGACAUUAACGAAGAAAUUGACAAGGAAAGGGAACAAGAACAAGGAAUGACAGUUGAAAGGGAAACUCCGAAAGGUGGGGGAGGAUGGCAAACAGUUUGGAGGGGGUUCGUUAAUAUGGUGGACGUAGCAAAGUUUUUCAUUACCGCGCAAGAAGUGAGCGGUCACGCGAAGGAUUUGAUGGACGAUUUGCCAGACACGGUUGACGUUGUUGGGAGAAUAAGUCACGAGACUGUUUGGGAUUACAUCUCGAAGAUGAAGAAGACCGGUUCGAAAGAGAUUCUGGUGAUUCGAUUGACCGCGGCGAACGACGAAGAAAAGAUCCCGUACAUAACGCUCUAUAGCUAUUUGAACAGUAGAAGUCGACUCGGAGUGGUUGGAAAUGUCUCGAAGAAUAUAAAGGAUUUUUAUAUAAUGCCUUUCUCGAGUCAAAGCACGAUACCUCAGGUUCUCUUGCCGUUGAACGGGCCCGGUUUCGAGGAGCACAGGCCGCAUCUCCUUUUAGGGAUCAUCGUUCGCAACAAGCGGAAACGUCUCGCGGCCGGUAUAACCUCUUCGAGCGUACCGAUGAAAUUGUCGAAAAAGGAUACCGAUCGAAGUUACACACCCCCGUUGAUGAUGGUGACCGGUUCGAAGGACAAGCCUAUGAGUGGGAACAUGGCGAUGAUCACAGCCACGAUUACGUCUACGGCGACACCGACUAUCGCGGCGUCCUCGUCUCCCUCGGCGGCCACUACUACGAAUGCAUAUCACAAAGGAGGAGCGACGGGGGGAAUGCAACGGGAAACAACAGAAUCUGCGAAAGAGAAGCAACAUCAUCCUGUCACGCAAACCACCCUGGACAGCUUGAACAGGGCGCACAUAGGCAUGUCGAGGAGUACGUUGCUCGAUACCGCAACCAUAUGUAAAAUCGUGCCGGAAUUGUCUUCGAAAAUCGAUCUUACCUCCUCGCCAGGCAAGGUACCGAUCGAGGACGACGGUGACGAGCCCUAUAGUCCCGGUCAGAUGGACGAGGAGGAGCAGGAGGUCGAUCUCGACUUGCGAGCUUCUUCGACGUCGACGGCAACCGUCAUAUCCUCCAUGUCUAAUUCAAUGAGUAUCGAUGGUACCACGAUCGAUAACGGUAUUAUUUCUUCCAGUAAAAAUUCGAACGAACUCCAACGAAAAAUGGAGGAACUAAAUAGACAAAUCGAAGAACAGAAGCAACAAAUACAAAGUAUUAGUUCGUCGUUUCUCGGUGAAUCAACGCCUACUCUGCCGGGUUUAGGGCUGGACCCACCGGUUAAUGAUGAAUGCGAGGAAGCUUACAGUCCUUCCGAUGCAAGGUCAUUCACACCGCCACCACCUCCGGGCAUUUCAAAGUUUACUCAACCGAUUCUUGAGAAAGUAUCAAAUAUAACGAUUCCGCCAAAUUUGCAAGAAAUUUUGGCGAACGUGAAGCGACAAGAGAGCUCGAAAGUAGACCCUUAUCUACCGUCUAAGCCCAGCGCCACAUUUUUAACCACAGUCAACUCUUCGAUGUACCAAAAUUCGGAAAAAUAUUCCUCGUCACCUCCCGCCGUGAAGCUUUCAGUCGGCGGAUCAGGCAAGACCAAUUCGGAGAAAGCUUCUUCGCUCGAUAUAUCGUCUAAUCAUCGAGAGUCGGUUUCGAAGGAGAAAGAAAAUAAGAGUACGUUGAGCUCUUUAAGCGACCUAGAUCUGAUCAGAAAAGCUGAAGAGGAAUUAGCAGCCGUUGCAGCCGCAUCUGCUGCCGCCGCCGCAGCAGCAGCAAUAGCAUCAUCAGGAUCGAUCGUGGCCGAAAAUUCUGUUCCCUCGAGUUUAUCGACAACGACAUCGCCGCAACCGCAGCCACAGCCACAGCCGCAGGCUCUUCCAACGAUCAUAGGGACCUGCUCCUCUUCUCCAUCGUUACUGUCAGCUUUAGCUUCGGAGUCUCCGUCAUCUCACGAGAGUACUUCUCCUUACAAGAGUCCCUUUCCAGAACCUUUCAAACGAAAUAUAGCCCCCGAACAACCGAAGCCACCUGGCCUCGAGGACGAGGAUUUCCCACCAUUCCCGUCCACGCCACCGAAUGUCGAAAAUAAUUUAUCGAAAACGAUGUUAUCCUCGCGUUCGAAAUUCGUUCCAAAGAGUGGGAUCGUGUUGAGCAUCAAGCGGAAGAUUAACGACGACGGUAGUAUCGCCUCUUGUACUCCGAACAAAGCACCAAGAGUGAAAUCUCGGUGGGGUCAAGGCCCUUCAGAGUCCGUUGAUUAG